CGGAGAAGGAGCGCGGCCCCCGGGGAGGAGGAGCGAGAGCGCCGGCGUGAAGGCUGCGGGGGCAGGGGAUUCGCCGCGGAGAUGCCCGAGUUUCUGGAAGACCCCUCGGUGCUGACGAAGGAGAAGUUGAAGAGCGAGUUGAUCGCCAACAACGUGACGCUCCCGCCCGGGGAGCAGCGCAAGGACGUGUACGUGCAGCUCUACCUGCAGCACCUCACGGCGCGCAACCGGCCGCCGCUCGCCGCCGGCGCCAACAGCAAGGGGCCGCCGGACUUCUCGAGCGACGAGGAGCGCGAGUCCACCCCGGUCGGAGCCCCGGCAAGUUGGCGGCUCCGGGCCCUCGUGUGGGGACGUAAAGCCACAAAGAAAACUGAUAGACCCAGAAUGGAAGAUAAAGAUGAUCUAGAUGUAACAGAGCUCACCAAUGAAGAUCUGUUGGAGCAGCUUGUGAAAUAUGGAGUGACUCCUGGCCCUAUUGUGGGGACAACCAGAAAACUAUAUGAAAAAAAGCUGCUGAAGUUAAGGGAACAAGGAACAGAAUCAAGAUCAUCUACACCUCUGCCAACAGUUUCUUCUUCAGCAGAAAACACACGACAGAAUGGAAGUAACGACUCUGACAGAUACAGUGACAACGAAGAAGGAAAGAAGAAAGAACACAAGAAAGUGAAGUCCACUAGGGAAUUUGUUCCUUUUUCUGAACUUCCAACUGCUCCCUCUGGUGGAUUUUUUCAGGGUAUUUCUUUUCCUGAAAUCUCUACCCGUCCUCCUCUGGGUAGGACUGAGCUACAGGCAGCUAAGAGAAUACAUACUUCCAAGGGAGACCCACCUAGGGAACCUGUUAUUUCUACAACAUUGUCUGGUAGGGGGCAGUUGGAGAAGUUAGCCUCUGGAGGGGAUUUCUUUCUUUCCUCCAAAUCUAGCCGUGAUGGGGGUUUAGAGAAGAGCUGUGCAUCAUCUUCUCAGCAUCAGCUCACUGCUUUAUUGGCCUCUGCUGCAGCUUCUCCAUCAAAGAUGAAAGAAACCACCACUACUCACUAUAAAGAAGUAGUAGAAAAGAUUUGUAGGGGAGAGAAAAGUGGGAUCCGCCCACUAUUACAUAGUGAGAGGCCCUGUAUUUCAGAUCAGUCCGUUAUCUCCAGUGAAAGGGAAGUGUUAGAAGAGUCUGUGAGAUCACAAGUCAUUUCUCCACCAAUGGCUCAGGCAAUCCGAGAUUAUGUCAAUUCUCUGUUGGUCCAGAGUGGGGUAGGUAGUUUGCCGGGGACUUCUCAUUCUAUACCCCCACUGGAAGUAGAAAACACCCGGAAGAGAAUUGAUCAGUCUCAUUUUCAGGAAACUGAAUCCUUGUCUCCACGAAAACGCACUAAGCGAAGUGAGAAGUCAGUUAAAAAGGGGGAUUCAGGUUCUUCUGACACAUUUCAGAAUAUGCCUGGAGAAGAAGCAGUGUCCUCUUUUGCUAAAACUGUCGUCGCUCACUCACUCACUACCUUAGGCACUGAAGUGUCUCAGGGGUCACAGUAUGAUAAAACAGAAGCCCCUGAGCUUUCUAUCCCCCUGCAUGAAUCUAUUUUAAAAGUAAUUGACGAGGAAUGGCAGCAAAUUGACAAGCCGCUGCCUUCAUUGGCAUACAAAUAUCCAAUUUCUUCUACAGAGGGACCUCAGAUAUUAACAGUUCCAAAAGUGGAUGAUGAAAUCCUAGGGUUUAUUUCUGAAGCCACUCCACCAACAGGUAUUCAGGCAGCCUCCACUGAGACUUGUGAUAAACAGUUGGAUUUAGCACUUUGUCGAACAUAUGAAGGUGCAGCAUCAGCACUGCAGAUUGCAACCCAUACUGCCUUUGUAGUUAAGGCUCUGCAGGCAGACAUUAGUCAGGCUGCACAGAUUCUUAGCUCUGAUCCUACUCAUUCACAACAGGCCCUUGGGAUUCUGAGCAAAACAUACGAUGCAGCCUCAUUUCUUUGUGAAGCUGCAUUUGAUGAAGUGAAGAUGGCUGCCUAUACCAUGGGAUCUUCCACUGUAGGUCGCCGACGUCUCUGGCUGAAGGAUUGCACACUUAGUCCAGCUUCAAAGAAUAAGCUAACAGUUACCCCCUUUAAAGGUGGAUCAUUAUUUGGAGGAGAAGUACAUAAAGUAAUUAAAAGGCGUGGGAAAAAGCACUGAUAAAAGGAGGGAAUUUGGGGGCUUUUAUAGCAGUUUCAAGUACCUAACAUGCCAAAAUACUCUUUUUUUUAAAGUAUUCUUUUAAGAUCUUUUUAGUUCAAAGAUUGCGCUAAAUUCAAAAUAGCAAGCUUCUACUAGUCUCAACGAAUUAUAAUAUAAAAGUAAUUACCUAUAUACAAUUUGCCCUUUUUUUAAAAAGUUAUCAAGAUAGACCGGUAGAAACACAUGAAAACUUUUGAGAUUACACUUGUUUCUCAUAAAUAACUCAAUUUUCUGUUUUACUUAUGCUUUUACACUCUGCAAAAUUAAGAAAGUUUCCAACAAUUGGAAAAUAAUUAGAAUCUUUACUGUUUUUAGUAGUACUACAUGCAUUCUUUUAAGAUAGAACAAAAUGGUUAGACUUUCAAAACGAUGAUUUUAUUCUUUUUUUAAUUCCAUCUAAGUACCUUUUUAACCUCGUAGAACUUGUUCACAUUUGCUCUCAAUCUUACAUGGGUCGACGUCACUCAUUCUAGAUCAGUGCAACUUAGAGUACCAGCAUACAGAAUAUUACAGGCUCACCUUUUGGGACAGGACAGUUGGCUGGGUGGGUCUUUUUGUUUGUUUGGGGGGUUUUUUGCUUAUAUUGGCAGUAAAACAUUUUUAAGGAAGAAUUGUAUUGGUUACUGUCUGGUGGGAAUGCUUCAUCUCGUCAUAGACUGGUAGCAAAUCAUUUGUGGACCACACUUUGAGAAACCCUGCUCUAGGCGAUAAUGGAUAUUCCGAGGUGGCACAUUGUUGGAUUAGCCAGAUACUGAAAAGAUGAGGCUUUUUAAAAAAUACUUUUCUUUCAAGGUGUAUUAUGGUUUGUGGAUGAUUAGACUUAGCAAUGUAAACUGUAAAAGCAAAUUUUACUAGAUUAAGAGAAGCCUUAAGAGAUACUAUAUACCAUUGUCUCUGUCUAUAAUAUAAAGCAGUGUACUAUUGUCUGUUUAUUUGUGUGCUUGUAAGAUGAAACCAUCUAAAUGUAGAAUUUAUUUGUGUAAAACAGUAUUUUUUGUUUGUUUUUUUUUCCUGGAAAGUGGUAGCCUUAAGCUUAAGCAAAAGAGAGUCCUUUGGAUACGCAUUAUCCUUUACCAUUAUUUUUACACUACUCAUGACCGUCUUCUCAGCUCACUGAGAUGAUCUUAUUUGUUAUUUGUCUUCUGAAAUGUACAUGUACACAUGUACCUACUAAGUGCCGUGUGAUUUAAAAAGAAUGUACUACUGUAGAAUAAAUGCUUCUGAAAAUUCAAUAAAGUUGUUAAAUUUGAA